CCCGUCCUCCCCCGACACAGGUGACCGCGGCGAAGUAGGCCGCGAGCCAGAUGUGGGGCGGGCGGACCGGGGCCUUGCCCCGGGUGUGGGGGUUGUGGCCGACAGGGGUGCUCGGGAGGAGACAGCGAAGCUGCAAUGCUCCGUCGCUGGCAGGAAGCAACUCCCCCCAGUGUUGGAACUGCGGUGGUCCAGGGGGGCCCAUUCGUGUGGACGGGUUCUUCUGUCCACAGUGCCGGGCGCUGCAGCCACCUGACCCCACUCGAGACCACUUCAGCCUUAUGGACUGCAACCGUUCCUUCAGAGUUGAUACUGCAAAGCUCCAGCAUAGGUACCAGCAACUACAGCGUCUUGUCCACCCAGAUUUCUUCAGCCAGAGGUCUCAGACUGAAAAGGACUUCUCAAAGAAGCAUUCAACUCUGGUGAAUGAUGCCUAUAAGACUCUUCUGACCCCCCUGAGCAGAGGACUAUACCUUCUAAAGCUCCAUGGAGUAGAGAUUUCUGAAGGAACAGAUUAUGAAGUGGACGGGCAAUUCCUCAUGGAAAUAAUGGAUAUCAAUGAAAAACUCGCAGAAGCUCAAAGUGAAGCUGCCAUGGAAGAGAUUGAAUCUGUUGUCAGAGAUAAACAGAAAGAACUGACUGACAGUGUGAGCAGAGCUUUUGAACAAGAGCCUGGAAGACAGGUGUCGGCUGGAACAAACAGAAAAAGACAGCUAGAAGACAUCUUCUUUCCUCUGAACAAUAUAAGUUGAUUUCUCAUUUGAUCACCUUUUGUUUAUUAAGGACCAGCUGAAGCAUCUGUUGAGACAGUAGAGGAUAUUUGCUGAGUAACAUGAGCAAUCAGGCAUUUAAUGAGUAUCUCUAU